GCUGUGUGAGUGGGUGCUGCACAAACACGCGUGAACAGGUCAGCAGUAUAAAAACAGCAGCCUCAGCUCAGAGCAAGUAUGAGCUGUCUGGCCAGUCAAGCUAUUUACAAUUCAGCCCAACAUAAUUUGCAGACACCACACAGAUAAGAAUGGCCGAGAAGAAUGUUCUGAUCGUGUAUGCCCACCAGAGUGCUGGUUCAUUCAAUGCCGCAGCUAAAGAUGUGGCUGUUGAGGUUCUGACUGCACAGGGCUGCAAGGUAGAGGUGUCUGACCUCUACAGUAUGAAGUUCACAGCUGUUGCCACUGCAGAGGAUAUCACGGGAGAGGUGAAGGACUCUACGCACUUCUCUUAUGCAGAAGAAACCAAACUAGCCUGGCAGGAGGGCCGGCUCUCUAAUGACAUCAUGGCAGAGCACCGCAAACUCACCAAAGCGGACAUCAUCAUCUUCCAGUUCCCCAUGUACUGGUUUUCUGUUCCUGCCAUCAUGAAGGGAUGGAUUGACCGUGUGCUUACUUUGGGCUAUGCCUUUACCCCAGAGAAGAGGUACACCCAGGGUAUCUUCAAGGAGAAGAAAGCCAUGCUAUCCUUCACCACUGGCUCUCAGGAGUCAAUGUUCUCUUCCAACGGCAUCAAUGGAGACAUGAAUGUAACCCUGUGGCCUCUACAGAAUGGGAUCCUUCACUACUGUGGCUUUCAAGUUCUGGCUCCUCAGAUUUUCUGGGCUCCAUCUGGUAUCACCUCUGAAGCCCGCACCACAAUGCUGGAGCUCUGGCGAACCAGGCUUCAGGGGCUGCAAGGAGAAACUCCGCUGUCCUUUGUACCUUCGGAUAGUUUUGACGGGGAGCAUGGCUUCCAGCUUAAACCAGAGCUUCAGCUGAAGCAUGCACACCAAGAGUUUGGCUUGACGGUCGGAACCCAUCUGGGGAAACCCCUCCCUCCCAACAACCAGAUCAAGGCUGGGGUUUGAGUCCUAAAAUAAAACGUGUCAAAUCUA